AUGGCAAAUUCUGAAGAAACUGUAACACUUGUUGACAAUGAAGAGGUUGAUUUUAUUAAUGUACCCCAAAUUAUGAUACUUUCAAAUGAAUUACCAACAUUUGAUGAAGAUUUUCAACAGGCUAAAAAAAAUUAUUGGAAAAAUAAAAUAAAAAAUAUAAAAAAGGUUGUUGCUCCAAUGGUAGAUCAAAGUGAAUUAGCAUUUCGUAUGCUUUUACGUGACAAUGGUAGUGACUUGUGUUACACUCCAAUGCUUCAUGCUCAAUUAUUUACUACUAAUUCAACUUAUCGUAGUACUGCAUUAGCUUCUUGUUCUCAAGAUCGACCAUUAAUUGUUCAAUUUUGUGCUAAUGAUGCACGGACAUUUGUUGAUGCUUGCCGAAUGGUUGAAGGUAUAUGUGAUGGUGUUGAUUUAAAUUUAGGAUGUCCACAAAUUAUUGCUAAAAAAGGUCAUUAUGGAGCAUAUUUACAGGAAGAACCUGAACUUAUCAGAGAUAUGGUUUCGUUAUGUUAUAAACAUUGUAGACUUCCUAUAUCUGUAAAAAUUCGUCGACUUGAUACAGAUGAGGAAACAUUAGCUUAUGCAAAAAUGCUCGAUGAGGCAGGAGCAUCAUUGUUAACAUUACAUGGUAGGACAAGAGAUAUGCGUGGUCCUCAUACAGGAAUUGCUGAUUGGAAUAUAAUUAAAAAAAUUAAAGAAUCAUUAAGUAUUCCUGUUAUUGCUAAUGGAAAUAUUCAAAUGCCAGGUGAUGUUGAAAAAUGUAUUAAUGAAACCGGUGCUGAUGCUGUAAUGUCUGCUGAGGGUAUCUUAAGUAAUCCAAUGUUAUUUAAUGAAACAUUAGAAGUCAACUUUAAAGUUUGUCUUUUAUACUUAGAUUAUGCAAAUAAAUAUAGAGCUAAUUUAAGUGCUGUUAGAGCUCAUGUUUUUAGAACUUGUCAUUAUUCAUGGUUAGUAUAUAAUGAUUUACGCGAUAGAGUUGCACAUGCUUCAUCAAUUGAAAUGUUUGUAGAUAUUGUUAAAGAACUUGAAAAAAGAAUCAUUCAAGAUAAUCCUGACAAAGAUUUUACCAAAGAAAGUUGGUUAUCUUAUAAAAAACCAGAACACGAUAACUUUUUCGAUGAAAUUUUUGCUUUGCCACAUUGGUUUUCCAAACCAUAUAUUCGUCCGUUUACCGAUGACACAAAACCUUCAUCAACUGAAUACCGUGCCACAAGAAGAGAUAACUUAGCAAAAAUUGCUGAACUUGCUGGUCUAUCUAAAAGAUAUGUAAGAAAAUGUCUUAAACGACAAAUUAAAGUACCAGGAUUAGAUGGAGAAAUAGAACAGAAAAAAAAAUAUAUCAAAUGUGAAGAAUGUAAUUCACCAGCUGGAACACAAUGUGAUCAUACAUUAUGCAAAAAGUGUUGCAAGGCUAGAUGUAAAACUGAGUCAAUUGUUUGUAAAAUCCAUUUUAAAAUUAAAGUAUAA